AUGACUGCUCUCUUUGCUUUAUGCCUAUUUACACUUGCGUCUUCUGUAUGCCCCCACUCACUUCCCACUGUAGACCUAGACUAUGAGGUCCACCAGGCUAUUGCGUUCAACGUCGGUAUCAACCCAUGGUCACAAGCAAUUCCCUUCCGCAUGCAUACUGACAGCCCCAAGACUUCCGGCGGCUACUAUAAGUUCUUGAACAUCCAAUACGGCGAGCCUCCUAUAGGCGACCUUCGAAUUACCAGGUCCAUCCCUCAUCAGACGAAGAGCUCUGUUAUCAACAGUGAGAGCGUGGAACGUGUCUGCCCACAGUCCAAUCCUUUCUGGCCGGCGGUAGGCGGCCAGUGGCUAUCAAACUACGAAAAUGGUACCACAUUCCCCUUUGAGCAAAUCAACGAGACAGUCUUGACGAGUAAAUACUCGGCGAUGGUUCUCCCCGAGCCCGAGGAUCCUAGGAUCUCAGAAGAUUGUCUCUACUUGGAGGUGAUGGUGCUGCAGAAAUUUUUGAUGGUGCUCCAAAUCCAACCGGCUCCAAGGACUCAAGCGGUGCGUCUGUUUUCGUCUGGAUCUAUAGAGGCGGAUACAAUUCCGGCUCCAAAGAGAGUGUCGGAAAUCCAGCUCAUUUAA